GCUUUCGGCUGCUGCUCGGAGGCGCCUUGGUGCUCUGCCGAGAAUCCUUCUGGUGCGCUCCUAGAAGCUCCAAGACAGCUGCCUGGUGUGAUCGCAGGAACCAUGGCAACUCCCUCUGCUGCCUUUGAGGCCCUUAUGAAUGGAGUCACAAGUUGGGAAAUCCCCAAGGAUUCUGUUCCAUGUGAACUGCUUCUUAUUGGAGAGGCUUCAUUUCCUAUAAUGGUGAAUGACGUGGGCCAGGUCCUCAUUGCUGCCUCUUCCUAUGGCCGAGGUCGCAUGGUAGUGGCAGCUCAUGAGGACUUCUUGUUGGAAAGCCAGCUCUUUGUCUUUCUUGUCAAUGCUGUUGGGUGGCUUCGUUCCUCCCCUGAGUCAACCAUUGGUGUGCAUUCAUCUUUAGCUCCAUUGGUGAAAAUCCUUGAGAGCUGUGGAAUAGAGGCAAAGAUUGAGCCAGAAGUGAAUGACUCCCUGGGUGUUUACUGCAUUGAUGCCUACAAUGAAACCAUGACAGAUAAGCUAGUCCAGUUCGUGAAACGUGGAGGGGGCUUGCUCAUAGGAGGCGAAGCCUGGGAUUGGGAUCCCCAGGGCGACGAUGAUAGAGUUCUGUUCGCGUUUCCGGGGAAUCUGGUGACCAGUGUGGCUGGUGUGUACUUCACUGACAACAAAGCAGACACAAACUUAUAUAAAGUCUCCAAGAAGAUGCCUAAGAUACCCGUCUUAGUUCGUUGUGACGAUGACCUCUCAGAAGACAGAGAUGAGCUUCUGCGUGGCAUCAUAGACCUAGACAUCACCAACUCGGACUGCUUCCCAUCCCAGCUUCUAGUUCAUGGGUCUUUGGCUUUUGCUUUGGGGCUAGAUAUCUACCAUGGCUGUGUGAUAGCUGCUGCCCGUUAUGGCCGGGGUCGGGUGGUUGUAAUUGGUCAUAGGGUAUUAUUCACAGUGGGUAAACUCGGCCCCUUUCUGGUCAAUGCUGUCCGCUGGCUGGAUGGUGGCCGCAGAGGCAAGAUUGUGGUGCAGACAGAGCUGAGAACACUAAGUGGUCUGCUCGCAGUAGGGGGUAUAGACACCAGCAUUGAGCCCCAACUGACCAGUGACGCAAGUGUCUAUUGCUUCGAACCCACAAGUGAGGUGGGAAUUAAGGAACUACAGGAGUUUGUAGCAGAGGGGGGUGGGCUGUUUGUUGGAACCCAAGCCUGGUGGUGGUCUUUUAAGAACCCAGGAGUGUCCCCUCUGGCUCGAUUCCCAGGAAACAUGCUCCUCAACGCCUUUGGUAUCAGCAUCACAAGCCAAAGCCUCAGUCCAGGACCCUACCGUAUCCCUAAAGCAGGAACAAGGACCUAUCACUUCCGCUCUACCCUAGCAGAGUUCCAAGUGAUAAUGGGCAGGAGGAGAGGGAAUGUGGAGAAGGGCUGGCUAGCCAAGCUGGGCCCAGAUGGGGCAACUUUUCUGCAGAUUCCUGCAGAGGAGAUCCCUGCUUACAUGUCUGUGCACAGACUCCUGCGGAAGCUGCUAAGCCGCUAUCGGCUUCCAGUGGCAACCAGAGAGAACCCGGUCAUCAAUGACUGUUGUAGGGGAGCUAUGCUUUCCCUGGCCACAGGUCUGGCCCACUCUGGAUGUGACCUCUCACUGCUGAUCCCAGAAAUUGAAGAUGUGUACAGCAGCCGCUACCUGCGCCCCUCAGCGUCUCCCAUCACCGUGAAUGUCAAUUGCACCAAUCCAGGCACUCGAUACUGCUGGAUGAGCACUGGACUCUACAUACCUGGAAGACAAGUCGUAGAUGUCUCCUUGCCUGAAGCUGCUGCCUCUGCUGAUCUGAGGAUACAAAUUGGCUGUCAUACUGAUGACCUGACCAGGGCCAGCAAGCUGUUCCGAGGCCCCCUUGUGAUUAACCGGUGUUGCUUGGACAAGCCCAGGAAAUCAAUCACCUGCCUCUGGGGUGGUCUGCUUUAUAUCAUUGUGCCUCAGCAUAGCAAACUGGGUUCUGUGCCCUUCACAGUGAAGGGGGCUGUUCGUGCUCCAUUCUACAAGCUAGGGGAGACAACCAAGGAAGAAUGGAAGAGGCGUCUCCUGCAAUAUCCAGGUCCAUGGGGAGAACUGGCCACUGACAACAUCAUCUUGACUGUGCCCACUGCAAAUCUUCGAACUCUGGAGAAUCCUGAGCCACUGCUCCGCCUCUGGGAUGAGAUGAUGCACGCUGUAGCUAGGUUGGGAGGCGAGCACUUCCCUUUGCGUCUGCCACAGAGGAUAGUGGCUGAUGUUCAGAUAUCAGUAGGCUGGAUGCAUGCAGGGUACCCCAUCAUGUGUCAUCUGGAGUCCGUACAGGAGCUCAUCAGUGAGAAGCUCAUCCGGUCCAAGGGGCUGUGGGGUGCUGUGCAUGAGCUGGGCCGCAACCAGCAGAAGCAGGAGUGGGAGUUCCCCCCACACACUACAGAAGCCACAUGCAACCUGUGGUGUGUUUAUGUGCAUGAAACGGUCCUGGGCAUACCUCGAGGCCGUGCCAAUAUUGCGCUAUGGCCCCCUGUUCGGGAGAAGAGAGUCCGAAUCUACUUGAGCAAGGGACCCAGUGUGAAAAACUGGAAUGCCUGGACUGCGUUGGAAACAUACCUACAGCUCCAAGAGGCCUUUGGUUGGGAGCCAUUUAUUCGUCUCUUCACUGAGUACAGAAACCAGACAACGAACCCGAACUCGUCCACAGACAAUGUCGACAAAAUGAAUCUGUGGGUCAAGAUGUUCUCCAAGCAAGUGCAGAAGAACCUGGCUCCAUUCUUUGAGGCCUGGGGCUGGCCUAUCCAUAAGGAAGUGGCUACAAGCUUGGCCUAUCUGCCUGAGUGGAAAGAAAAUAUAAUGAAAUUGUACCUCCUCACACAGAUGUAAGGAGUGCCCAUCGAGGUUGCAGGCCCCGCUGAAACCGAAGUCCAGGAAUACAGAAGAAAAUUGUGACCUCUCAGCAAAGGAAACUAAAAGCAUUUGGUUGGAGAAGAUCUCAACAAAUGUCUGGAAGAGAGAAAGUAAGUGAAGAGAAAUAAAGAGUGGGAAACAUGGAUGUCCAUUUCAGACAGAAUACACUGAUCCAAACACUGGAACCCCAAAGAGACUUGAGCACUAGAAAACUCUAGCUACUAAAUAAUUGUACCAGUUGUAAAUUGAACCCUAGUUCUACUCAGCCCCAACUCUUGUACAUAGAACAGAGAAAACAUACCAUUGAUACUAGUGAAACUGUCAUUGUUAUUGUUGUUUAAAUAAAGAAAUCGAAUAAACCACCUGAGGAGAGGUAAAGAAUUAGUACUCCAAAUGAUAUUCUUUUCAUGGAAGUAAGUGCCCCACUAGCCUGCAGGUGAUUUUCUUCUCUGAGUUGAGACCCUAACUCACAUGCCCACAGGUUCGAGGUGUAGCAGAGAUUUGCUGGAGAAACAGGAGUUAACAAAGGUUCUCAGUGUGGAUUUCCUGAUAGAAAUUUUCAUACAUGGAAGGGACCAAGGGAGAAGCAUAAGAAAAAUAACCACUUAGACAUAAAAAUGUUGAAAAAAAUUAUAAACUAAAGGAAACAUAAUUUAUAAAAAUAAUCUGUAAGAUUCUGACCAUUUCCCCAGAGAGACUUGAGGUGUAUUACAAAUAUACUAAGAGAAAAUUUUAAAAGCAAAACUAGACUGCCAAAAAUAUUCAGCAGACAGACUGGAAAACAAAAUAGACUGAAUCUCCCCAGACAUGCAUCAAAAUGAAAUAACAAAAAAUAGGAAGGAAGGAAAGGGAAACAGACAAUCACUGUUUAACUGUUAGGAGUUUCUAGAAGACGGGCAGAGAUGGCAUAGACAGUGAAAGAGCAAGGAAGACUUGAGGAAUAUCAGAUUGAGGGCACCUGGUACCAACCACAUCUAGGCAUAGUCUUAAGAAAAAUUGGAACAGUGGGGCUAGAAGGAACAUGUUGAAAGUGCCCAGGGAAAGAAAAACAGCUGAAGCAAACCUGAGAAUAAUCUGUGAACUUCAGCAGCAGUGCUUAAUGCUAGAAGUCAAGGAACCAAUGGUUGAGUUUUGAAAACUUUUGUUCCCAGAGUUCCAUAUAGUAUAGACCCUCAAGAGUAAUGUAAAAAGAAAAACACUUUUAGGCAGGUGAAUCCUAUAUAUAAAUAUAUAUAUUCAAAAAAGAAGAUCUGGAGACCAGUGGCCCUUACCCAGGAUGUCUCUGUCUAGUCUAGAGUGGUAGAUAUCAGAAGAGAGCACUACACUGGGCUCUGUGAAGAAUGUGUCAGAGUAGCACUGAGGAAAUGGGACAUUGGAGAUAUGGAAGGCCUAUAGUCUUUAAUCACAAAAUUUAAACAGAAUGUUAAGAAAUUUUGGCUAAACCAUGAAGGAAAAUAGAAUGAGAAAGGAUUUCAAAUACUCAUGGAGUAUGAGAAGAGACCUGAUUGGGCAUCAGCAGUAGGUAUGCUUCCUUCCCUUGAUACAGGCAGGCAUCAUGCAUGGCAUUGGGAGUGUAGAGAAAACAAGCUUCUUCCACUUGGCUUGGUAAAUGUAUUUUAAUAGCCCAAAUGAUGUAGAUGCCACUUAUAGAUCUUCAAUGUUUUGAUCAGCCAACCAACAAAGCCUAAAAAGCUUAAUAUUACACCCAGAGCAGAGAUGGAAAGGGAUGUUGACCAACUGACGCAGAAAGCAGAGGCUGAAUUGGUUAAGAGAAGAGAAGUAGAAGGAAAAAAAUGGGGCUACUUAAAUAUUCAAAGUAGGAAUGAAAAGAUGCUGUCUUUCAGAUAAUGGAACACAGUUGCAUAGUUAGUGUGCUGGUCAAUGCUAUAAAUUAGACCCACAGAAGAAUAUCUACCAAGCAUUUGGAGAAGGAUAGGCAGGUGAAGGGUAGAGGUGGUGUACGUUAAAUCCUUAUCUUUUGUAAUGGUGAAAGAUUAAAGAUUGUCUAAUGUUAAUAAGUCAAGAGAUUAUUGUUCACACAUGUUAUUUAGAGGUAGAAAGCUAGCCACCAGAAGAUCCAAAAAUAGAUAUCAUUAAAAGCAUCUAGGAAAUGAGACUAGAGAAGGAGGGCGGGGUGGGAAACCGUGUUUUCAUUUCAAGUUCCUCUGUACUAUUUUUUUUUACCUUGUGCAUGUAUUAUUUGGAAAAGUUUAUAAUAAACUCAAAUAAAACAUCCUUCAGAGUCUUCA